AUGCUACCAUCACCAGCAUUGGGGCUUGCCGCCUCUCUCUUCACUACGGCCGCACUCGCAACCGACAACAUUCCCAAUGCCUGCUCUACACUCUCCGAUUCGCUCGGCGAUCGAGUCGCAUACCCUAAUUCCACCACCUACGACACAGGCAUGUCGUACUGGUCCGCGCGCCAAAGUGCCCAGCGACCCGUCUGCCUCGUCACACCCGCGACAGCCAGCGAAGUGUCCCUCGUCCUCACCACUCUCAUACGUGCCGGCGCGCCAUUUACAUGUCGCUCCGGCGGGCACACGGCGCACGCCAAUGGCUCCAACAUUGAUGCCGGCGUGACGGUGGACCUCGCGCGCCUCAACACGAUCAACCUCGCCGACGACAGGACCCGUGUGUCCGUCGGCGCCGGCCUGCGCUGGGGCGACGUCUCAGCGGCGCUGGACCCCCUCGGGCUCGCGGUGCUGGGCGGCCGGGAUGCGGACGUCGGCGUCGCAGGCUUACUGCUCGGGGGCGGCUUCUCGUACUUUUCGGGACGGCACGGCUGGGCGUGCGACAAUGUGCUCGGGAUGGAGGUGGUGCUGGCCUCGGGCGAGAUUGUGCACGCUUCCCAGAAUCAGCAUCAGGGUCUGUUCCGGGCGCUCAAGGGCGGCGGCGGCUCGAGCUUUGGCGUGGUGACGCGCUUCGAUCUUGCGACCAUUGCGCAGGGCGACUUGUGGACGCGGACAGUCAUCUUCCCGGGCCAGACAAAAGAGGCGAUUGCGGACGCGGCGACGAUGCUCAUCACAACGGGCAUGGAGGAGGACCCCGACGCCCAUGCAUACUUUGUGCGUACGUACCAGCCCAACUACAGCGGCUUCAUCAACCUCGCGAGCUUCUUCCACGCCACGCCGCCUCCUGCGAUUCAUGGGUCGGGCUACGCCACGCCGGCCGCGUUCCAGCCGUUCGACGCCAUUCCCGGCGCGCUCAGCAACACCAGCAUGGUCGCCAACCUCACCACCGUGUCCAAGUCCAUCUCGAUCGCCUACGGGCAGCGCCAGACGUGGUCCAACAUUGCAUUUGCCGCCGGCUCGCCCGCCGUCAUCACAGCGCUCCUCGCGCUGUGGGAGGACGCAAUCCUUAAGAUUGUGCCACAGGCGGGCGCGCGCGGCGCCACGUACUCGCCCUUUGCCAUUUAUCAAGCCAUCUCUGGCAGCCACCUGCGCGCCUCGCAGGAGCGCGGCGGUAAUAUCAUGGGCCUGUCGCCUGACGAAGGACCGAUGGUGAUGAUGCACUUUCUCACGGGAUGGGACGACGAGGCGCUGGACGAGGUGAUACUGAGGUCCACGCGCGAGCUGGUGCGUGCGGCGGAGACGAAGACGUGGCAGCAAGGCGCGCAUCGCCCGUUUGUAUACAUGAACUAUGGUGGAGAGUGGCAGGAUGUUUUGCAGCGUUACGGGUCGAAGAAUUAUGUCGAAAUGCUGUCGACUUCGCUGCGAUAUGAUCCGCGGAGAAACCUGCAGCGACUGUGGCGGGGGUAUUUCAAGCUCUACUAA